AUGAACCCGGAAUUUGUUGCUGCUGUGGAAGAAUGGAAGAAAAUGCGUGCCCGGUUUGACCAACGAAAGAACUUAAAAUAUGAAUUUGAAUUGUAUGUGUUGUUUGAAGAAGAAAGCCUACCAAUUUGGGCGUUAUACCAGCAAGCCGUGGCCGGAAAUAUCUCAGUUCCAAAAAAAGAUUAUCACGACCCGAGAGAUGAUUCGUGGAUGUGGGGUUGGAUGUGGGGAAAUGCAAAAUGGUUGGCUUGGAAUAAAUUAUGGGGCAUGGAUCCCUCUGAAGCAGAGACACUGCUAAUUCAAGAAGUCCAUGCUUUAAAGAACCGGUUGCCAGAUCUAGUUGAGCAAUGGAAAGAUGUUCAAGAUCCAAGGAUUCCGGAUGAAAAGGCGUGGGUCCCGGAAGAUGAGCGUCAACACUGGGCGGAAGUUUCAAAAGUAGCAAAACAGGAGCGCAGAAAACGAUCAGCAGCUCAGCGAGCCCACGAAGAAAGCUUGGGGAUGUGGGAU